AUGUUUCAUUCUUAUAUCAAUUAUGUAAUAAGAACUUAAGCAAGCUUAUUAUAUAUAUAAUCCUCUUUAAGUUCUAUAUAUAUUCAAUAGUUUUUAGGCGAUUAAAACACCUUAACUAAUUCUUCAAAUACCUUUGUUGUUAUAUCAUCUGAAACCUUAAAAUUGUUAAAUUACACAAUUAAGUAUUAAAAUUGGUUAAACAAGGAUUUGUGGAUCAAAUAUUAUGAUCUAAAAUUGGAUGAUAAUAAUAAUCAAGAAGAUUUUAAUAAAAUUAUUUUUUCUACAUUAAAACUAAACAAUUAAGGUGGAGCAGGAAAAUUACAUACUUCAAUAUUUUUCUGUAUUGAUUGUUUUUUUGAUCACAUACUAGCUCAGGAAGGGUUUUUAUUUGAUAUCACAACAUCUGGUUAAGGUGUAAUUAAUUUAGUAAAUUUAACAGUUAAUUAUGCAGAAAAUAAUCUGGAAUCAACAGAAAAAUAUUAUGGAUGUUUAAAAAUCGAUUCAUCUAAUGGUUAAUUAAAUUUGAAUCUAAAAAAUGCAAUAUUUUAAUAUGUUUAAAAUAGGAUGGCAACUUCAAUAUUAACUGUUUUUCCUUCAAAAAUUCAAAAUUUAAUAACUAUAGAAAAUGUAAAAAUUAUAGAUUGUUUAUCUUUGUUUAAUUAAAUUAUGAAUAUUCAAUUUUCUUAAUUAAUAACUAAUAAAAAUUUAGUAUUCAUAAAAAAUUUAACUAUUAUUUAAAAUUUAUAAAUUUGGAAUACAUAUUUUACUUAGAUUAAAAUUUUAUCAAAUGAAGAAUUAAAUGAAAUUGUAUAAAAUAACAAUGCAUUAAUAUUUAUGGAGAAUUGCAAUAUACAAUUAAAAGGGUUAAUCAUAGAAGGUGUAUUUAUUUCACCUAUAAUGAAAUUUAUUAAUAUUCCUAGACUCUAAAUAGAAUUAUUGAGAAUUUAAAAUAUUAUAAUAUUUUAUUAAUUUACAUUAAUACAUGUAAUGUAAAUAGCAAAUAUAAAAUCAAUAAUAAAGUUUCAAGAAAUUGAUAUUUAGAAUGUUUCAAUAUAUGAAGUUUUAGAAGAAUCUAAUAUUCAUACUAAUAAUGAUAAAAAUAAUACAAUUUUAAUUCAUCCAUUAAGAAAGCCAUCUUUAUAAAACUUUUUAAAUGAGAAUGCCAAAUUAUUUCAAUUGAAUAGUUUAUAAUUUGGUUCUAUAUUCAAUUUUAAAAGUUUAUCAACUUAAAGUUUCUUUUACUUUGAUAGAAUUAAAUUAAUGAAAAAUAAUUGCUAACAUUGUGAAAAAGGAUUAAUGUAUUUUGAAUUAGAAGAGUUUUAAGAGAUUAGAAUUUCAAGUUUAAAUUGUAUACAAAAUCAAAUAAAAUAAUUUGGUUGUUUGUAUUUUACCAAAAAUAAAUAUGAUUAAACUAAAAUUAUUGUUAAAAAUUCAAAUUUUUUAUUUAAUUAAGGAACUUAAGGUGUGGCUAUAACUAACAUAAACAUUUAUUUUAAGUUAAUUUCCAGUAAAAUAAUUUAAAAUACUGCAAGUGAAUUAGGAGGUGGUAUUUAUUUUGAAAUUGAUUCAAAUACUUUUAUUGUGAAUUAAUCAAUAAUUAUUUCUAAUAUUGCUAAAAUUGGAGGAGGUAUUUAUCUUAAAGGAUUGAGCAAUUUAAAUAAGAAUAAUUUUAUCAAUUCUAUAUUAUUGUUUAAUUAAGCUUUGGAACAAGGGAAUAAUGUUAUAGAAAUACCAUCUCAUUUAGCUCUGUUUAUCAAUUCUAAAGAGAUUCCUUCAACAUCUAAAAUAAUAAAUGAUAUUUAAACAAAUUAAAUGAAGUUGAAUACUUAUUAAAUACUUGAAUAAGAUUAGAUUCGUUAAUAUGAAGAGUUAAUAAUACCAAGUAAUUAAAUAAUAAAGGAUUUUUAAAUAUUUGAUAUAAGAUAAUCUAAGUAUAAAUUAUUUAUAGAAAAUAUGGAAUUGUAUUACAAAAAUAGUAGAAAUGAAUUGUUAAAAACUUUUUUUAACUUAACCUGUUUAAUUAAUUAAUCAAUUAUUAUUAAAAGUGAUUCUUAUAUUGAAAAUUAAAAAAAAAACAAAAUUGUUAAGUUUAAUAAUGAAAAAUAACAUUUUGAUUUAUCAUCAUUAUAAUUUACAUUAGAUCCAUAUUAAAAUUAUGAACAUUUAUUAAUAUCAAUAUAUUGCAAAUUUCAUGAUAAAGAAAAAGGUUUAAUGUAUCAAAUAAAGGCAAAAAGUUUAAAAUGUCAACUUGGUGAAUUUUAUGUAAAUGAAGGAUGUUAAAUUUGUUAAUCUAAUUAAGGUUUUUAUUCUGUUACUUAUAAUACUACUAAAUGUUCUAUUUUUGAUAAGACUAAGUUUUCAAAUAUUACAUCAAAUAUGAUAGAUUUAUUACCUGGAUAUUGGAGGCCUCAUAAUUUAUCUGAUUUUACAGAAGAAUGUUUUAAGAAUUAAGCAUAUUGUUAAGGAGGAUGGUUAGUUGGAUAUAAUCUUUGUAUUCCUGGACAUAUUGGUGCAUUAUGUGAAGAAUGUGAUAUAUAUGAUAUUAGAGGAUUUGGUAAUUUUUAUAAAAAUUAAUGGAAUUAAUAAUGUUAAAUAUGUUAAGAUAAAUGGGAUGGUAUCAUCUCUCUUAUACUUAUACUUAUUUGGUAAUUAAAUAAUCUAAUUUUAGGACAUUUUUAUCUAUUAUAUUAUCUUUGAGAAGUAUCAAUAGAUCAAAUAAAUUAUUUACUUAACUUAAAUUAAUUAGAAGAUAUCACAAAAUCUUAUUUAAAUUAAAUUAAGGUAAAGUAAUAUAAAAUAUUCUAGAUCAUGAAAGUAUUCUUAUAAAAUUGAUGAUAAAUUAUUUAUGGACUUUUUAAGUAAUAUUUACAUUUAAUAUCAAAUUUUCUCUAUCAUUUUAUUUUGUUGAAUAAAUUAGUAAUAGUUCCUAUUCUAUUGCUAGUAAUUAAGAUUGUCAUUUAUCUAAAAUAAGUACAAAUCCCUUAAUUUAUAUAAAACUUUUAAUGAUGAUAACAUUUAUUAUUUCAUAAUUUAAUAUUAUAUUUUUGGCAUCAUUUUGCUACUUUAAAAAAAUGAAACAUAAAUAUGAUCUCAGUAUACUCACAAAUACUCUACUUUAUUUGUAUAUUGUAAAUUAUGCAGGGUUGAUGAAAAUGUAAAAUUAUAAUAAUAUUUAUAGGUUAUCUUCAGUUCUUUCAAUUCGAGUUAUAUCAAAUAUUAAUUAUAUUUAAGGUGAUGUGACAUUGUAGUUUGGAGAUCAAAAUCAUAAAUAUUGGAUUUUUUAUUGUGUUUUACCAGGAUUAAUAUUUUUUGGGUUUCUUAUUCCUGUUUUCAUUCUAGUAUUUUUGUUAAUAAAUAGAAAUAACCUAGAUAAGAUUAAACUAAGAAAGCAUAUUUGUUAUUUACUAAAUGAAUACGAAAGUUAAAGUUACUUUUGGGAAUAAAUCAAAUAAUUAAAAAAAACUAUUAUUAUUUUUAUUUUGACUCAUUUUGAAACUUAAAUUUUAUUUAAAGCUCUUUUAUUAGGAUUAUGCUUAUUAAUUUAUUAAAUUUUAGCAAUUAAUUAAAAACCCUUUGUUAUAAAAACAUUUAAUUCUCUUGAUUUAGAAGCAGCAUAAAUUUGUUCGAUUUCAAUUUACUUAACUGCAAUUAAAUAUAUUUGUGAACAAUAAAAUAUCCAUUAUGCCACAAUUAUUCUUGAAAUAUCAAUAAUUGGAUUGUUUAUUCGACUCUUUUACUUAUUUAUGUAAAAUAUAUUUAGAAUUUACUAUAAAAAAUAUAAAAUCCCCAUUUUAGCUAAUCUAUGUGAAAUAUUUAAAUUAAUUGGGAAAAAUUUUAUUUUAACAAUAUAUUUAAAUAAAAUUUUAAGUUUUCAUAAAGAGAAAGAAUAAAGAUUAUAAAAUAAUUACUUAAAAUUAAGAAAUUAUUUAUUGUAUUUUACAAAAAUUUAAUUAAGAAAUUCAAAGUAUUGAUUUCAUUAAAUCUUCAUUAGGUUAUUAACUUAUUAGAACAUAUCAGAAAGAAUUUAAACAGUCAAAUCUAGUAGAUCUGAUUUUGAAAAAAUUAACUUUUUAGGAAUAGGGGAACUAAAUGAUCAUAUUAUUUGA